AUGGAAGUAUCAUGUUUUCCUGAGUUUCAGGGGAGCAGAUACUCGCACAGGCUUCACAGACCACUUAAACAAAGAAGUAUCGAAACUUUUAUCGAUGACGAUGAGCUUGAGAGAGGAGAGAUUAUUUCUGACCAACUACUUCAAGCAAUUGAUAAAUCUCUCAUCUCCCUUGUGAUUCUUUCUGAAAAAUAUGCUUCUUCACAUUGGUGUUUGGAUGAACUCCAAAGAAUUCUUGAAUCUAAAAAGUGUUUGGGGAGAGAAGUUAUCCCAGUAUUCUAUAAACUAGAUCCAUCUCAUGUAAGAUAUCAAGGAGGAGCCUUUGCACAUGCAUUUCAAAAACAUGUUGAGAGAUAUGAUCCUAAGAAGGUGCAAGGAUGGAGAGAUGCCUUAAAAGAAAUUGCAGAUAUAUCUGGCUAUCACUCUUUAAAUAGGCAUGAAUCAAAGCUCAUCGAGGAAAUUGUCACACAGGUUUGGACAAAAUUACAACCUAGACAACCAUAUGACAAAAAUGAAUUUGUGGGUAUUGAGUCAAAGAUAGACAAACUGAGUUCAAUUUUAAGGAUAGGGUUGGAUGAUGUAUGCUUGCUUGGAAUAUGGGGAAUGGGCGGUCUAGGCAAAACAUCUCUUGCAAGAGCUAUUUAUCAGAGGAUUCAAAGCCAAUUUGAUGCCUCAUACUUCUAUGCCAAUGUUCGGGAAAUUUCUAAAAAGAAGGGAUUGGUUCACUUGCAGAGAAAAUUUCUUUCAUGUUCUCUACAGCUGAGAAACAAGGAAUUUGAUCAUAUUGAUGAUGAAUAUGAAGGAAAGAACAUGAUAAAAAGAUUUUUAUGCAAACAGAAAGUUUUAAUGGUAUUGGAUGACGUUAGUGAAAUGAGCCAACUCGAAUUCCUUGCAAUAAAGAAAGAUUGGCUAAGUCCAGGAAGCAGAGUAAUAGUGACAACUAGGGAUAAGCAACUAUUGACAGCGCAUGGAGAAUUUGAAACAUAUGUGGCAGAAUUUUUGAAUGAUGAGGAAUCACUUCAACUUCUUUGUCAAUGGGCUUUUAAAAGUGAUCAACCACCAGUUGAUUAUUUGGAGUUGUCUAAAAGUGUAGUUGAACAAGCCGCAGGCCUUCCUUUGACACUUAAAGUGAUGGGUUGUCAUCUUUGUGGAAGAAAUAUGCUUGAGUGGAAAGAUGUUUUGGGGAAAAUGAAGCAAGUUCUACCAAAUGACAUUAUAAAUAGACUUCAAAUAAGUUAUGAUUCAUUAGAUAUUUUGGAGAAGAAAAUAUUUCUAGAUGUUGCAUGUUUCUUCAAAGAAAAGUUUAAAGAUGAAAUCAUAGAAAUAUUAGAAAUUUGUGGGUUUCAUCCAAUUAUUGGAAUCAAGACACUUGUUGAGAAAUGCUUGCUAGUUGAAACAGAUAGAGGGUGUUUGGGUAUGCAUGAUAUAUUACAAGAAAUGGGAAAAAGUAUUGUUUUGGAAGAAUCAAUUGAUGUUGGAAAACGUAGCAGGUUAUGGUCAAAAGAGGAUAUUAAUCAUGUAUUGACACAUAAUAAAGGCACAGACUCAAUUGAAGUUAUAUAUCUUGAAUCUCUUGGGCAAUGUGAAGCACGAUGGGGUCCUAAAGCAUUCUCAAUGAUGCAUGCUCUUAGAAUACUCAUCAUAUCAUGUGAUGUGUACCUUCCCUUUGGACUCAAGUGUCUUCCAAGUUCACUAAGAAUUCUUCGGUGGAAGAAAUAUCCAUCGAAAUCUUUUCCAGUGGAUAUUCAUCCAAUUGAACUUGUUGAACUCAAAAUGCAAUGCAGUAAUACUGUACAACUUUGGAAUGAUACACUUGUAAGUAUAUGGUACAAUAACUUCAAGCUUACCUUAUAUUAA